AUGAGUUCCUGGUACUCCAACCUCGUCACCAAAACCUCGUCCCAAAUCUCCAACCUCCGGUCCACCCUCCUUUCCAGCGAGGCCGACGGCGACACCGAAGACGACACCCACGUCUGCCGCGUCCUGCGCAACUACUACACCGAAAAGGGCCGCCCGUUUCCCAACUGGCUGCCCCCUGACCCAAAGGCACCCCCGCCGCAGAUGACCCAGGCCGUAUACGCCCAGUCGCAGGUCGGCUCGCGCUACGGUGGGCUUGGAGGGCCUCAGCAGCCCGGCGCUGGGGGGCUCAGCAGUCUAUGGGACAGCGGCCCUGCGCAGCCUCCGCAGCCGCAGAUUCCGCAGAGCUUACGGGCUGGACGGCCGGCGACGACACAGCCCGGGACGUCUACGAGAGAUGAGCUGCUCGGGAGGGGGGGGCAGGCACCUCGUGCAGGGAGCUAUUCCGGGCCUGGCCCGGCUCCCGCUGGAUCGGCGCAGGAUCGUUUGAAACAGCGACUUUGGGGAACCCGAACCACGAGCCCGUCCUCUAGCAACGUUAUGAGGACAGGUUUGCGCCAGGGGGAUCUUACGAUAACUCCAGGGGAGGAGGAGGAGGUGGUGGUGGUGGUCAGCCGUUUGUUGGAGCAAACGCUCCUUGGUCGAGUGACGGUGGCCCCUAUGCAGGAGGAGGAGGAGGAGGAGGAGGAGCUGCAAAUGGAGUACGAAGAAAAGGACUGCCCAGCGGUCCACGGGGAUAUAGAUGAAGGGGGAAAGAUGUGCCCUGUCUCUUUUCCUUAA